AUGGAGUAUGAUGGAGAACUGGAUGAAGAAACUGAGGCUUUUGGUGUAGAAUUAGAGAGCCUGUUACAGGGUGAUAUAUGCAUUAAUAUGGAGUUUAUCUUGCCAGAAAAGUUCAGGGCAGCAGAAAGGCAAGAAAACACUCUGGAGGGAGAUGUGUUCUCCCAGGAAAGCUUUGAGUGCAGAUUGGCAGAGGUAGAUGAGGCGCCAUAA